CUCGUGAGUCACAUUGAUUCGUCAGUUCUGCGAUCAUUCAGCAUCAUGCCUGAACCAGCCAAGUCCGCGCCUAAGAAGGGCUCCAAGAAGGCCGUCACGAAGACCGCCGGUAAGGGAGGAAAGAAGCGCAGAAAGUCCAGGAAGGAGAGCUACGCCAUCUACGUGUACAAAGUGCUGAAGCAGGUUCAUCCUGACACCGGCAUCUCCUCCAAGGCGAUGGGCAUCAUGAACUCUUUCGUCAACGACAUCUUCGAGCGCAUCGCCGGUGAGGCGUCUCGUCUCGCUCACUACAACAAGCGCUCCACCAUCACGUCGAGAGAGAUCCAGACCGCCGUGCGUCUGCUGCUGCCCGGUGAGCUGGCCAAACACGCCGUGUCUGAGGGCACCAAGGCCGUCACCAAGUACACCAGCUCCAAGUAGAGUCCCCGAGACUCCCACACACCCAAAGGCUCUUUUAAGAGCCACCCAUAUACUCACACAAAAGAGAUUCUGAUGAUUGAAGUUGCUUAUGUGGUAGUAGUUGCAGCUGCUUUGUUUGUAUCUCAAUCUGUUAAAGGAUUACUCCACUUUUAAAUAAACUCUUGCUGAUAAUUUACUCACCCCUAUGUCA